CUGGACCAGGUGGCUGAGCCAUCUCCAGUCCCUUGGGCCACUCAGAAGAUUCACCACCUCGUCAAGAACAGGAGACAGACCUGCAAGGUCCGGCUUGGGGACCAGGGCGCCCAGCUCUGGUUGGGAGAGCAGCCAGCUGGCUUCCCGCAUCUAUUCCAGGGACACUAAGGAGGAGCCCCACAAGGCCCGGAGGCUGAGGACGCCCUGUGUGGACCUGCAGCCUCCUCCCGUGCCCUGCACACUGGCCUCAGCUGGGUCGGUCAUGCAAUGCUGAGCAGGAGGGUGGGCCCAGGGCAGCCUGACUGACCACAGGGCAGAGAGUGUGGGCAUCAUGGGGGUGCAUGUAAGUGGGGCUCCUGGGUGAGACCUAGCCCCCACCCCCAGAGCUCAAAGGGGGUGGGGGGCUGAGGAUAGGAUGGCUCGGGGUGGGCUGGGAGCAGAAGAGGCCUCCCUGCGCUCCAACGCACUGUCCUGGCUGGCCUGCGGGCUCCUGGCACUGCUGGCCAAUGCCUGGAUCAUCCUCAGCAUCUCGGCCAAGCAGCAGAAGCACAAGCCACUGGAGCUGCUGCUGUGCUUCCUGGCGGGCACGCACAUUCUCAUGGCGGCUGUGCCCCUCACCACGUUCGCCGUGGUGCAGCUGAGGCGCCAAGCUUCCUCUGACUAUGACUGGAAUGAAAGCAUCUGCAAGGUCUUUGUGUCUACCUACUACACGCUGGCCCUGGCCACCUGCUUCACGGUGGCCUCACUCUCCUACCAUCGCAUGUGGAUGGUGCGCUGGCCCGUCAACUACCGCCUCAGCAACGCCAAGAAGCAGGCACUACAUGCUGUCAUGGGCAUCUGGAUGGUCAGCUUCAUCCUCUCCACGCUGCCGUCCAUCGGCUGGCACAACAAUGGAGAGCGCUACUAUGCCCGAGGCUGCCAGUUCAUAGUCUCCAAGAUUGGCCUUGGCUUUGGUGUCUGCUUCAGCCUCCUGCUGCUCGGGGGCAUUGUCAUGGGGUUGGUUUGCGUGGCCAUCACUUUCUACCAGACGCUGUGGGCCCGGCCCCGGAGAGCUCGGCAGGCCCGGAGAGCAGGGGGCAACGGCAAAGCCAAGGCAGGAGGGCCAGGGGGCUUUGGUGCCCGGCCAGCCUUUGAGGUGCCAGCCAUUGUGGUGGAGGAUACCCGGGGGAAGCGGCGGUCCUCGCUGGAUGGCUCCGAGUCUGCCAAGACGUCCCUGCAGGUCACCAACUUGGUCAGCGCCAUCGUCUUUCUCUAUGACUCACUCACAGGGGUGCCCAUCUUGGUGGUGAGCUUCUUCUCCCUGAAGUCGGACUCGGCGCCCCCGUGGAUGGUGCUGGCCGUGCUGUGGUGCUCCAUGGCGCAGACACUGCUGCUGCCCUCCUUCAUCUGGUCCUGUGAACGCUACCGAGCCGACGUGCGCACGGUGUGGGAGCAGUGUGUGGCUAUCAUGUCUGAGGAGGACGGCGAUGACGAUGGCGGCUGUGAUGACUACACAGAUGGCCGCAUCUGCAAAGUUCGCUUUGAUGCUAAUGGGGCCACGGGGCCAGGGGUCAGGGACCCCGCCCAGGUGAAGCUGCUGCCUGGCCAGCACAUGCUCUUCCCGCCCCUUGAGAGAGUGCACUACUUACAGGUCCCUUUGUCGCGCCGUCUAUCCCACGAUGAGACCAACAUCUUUUCUACGCCCCGGGCACCCGGCUCCUUCCUGCACAAGUGGUCAUCCUCUGACGACAUCCGGGUCCUCCCAUCCCACAGCCGGGCCCUUGAAGGUCCUGCCGGCUACCUGGGACAGAGACGCCGGCUGGAAGACGAAGAGGAUGAAGAGGCAGAAGCAGGGGGGCUGGCCAGCCUCCGCCAGUUCCUGGAAAGUGGGGUUCUGGGAUCAGGUGGGGGACCCCCCCGGGGUCCUGGCUUUUUCCGGGAAGAGAUCACCACCUUCAUUGAUGAGACACCUCUGCCUUCUCCAGCUGCCUCUCCCGGAUCCUCUCCUCGAAGGCCCAGGCCUCUGGGCCUGUCACCCCGCCGCCUGUCUCUGGGGUCCCCCGACAGCAGAGCCCUAGGACUUCCUCUGGGGCUAAGCGUGGGGCGACGCUGUUCCCUGACGGGGAGUGAAGGCAGUGCAAGGGGCUGGGGAAGGCCCUGGGGCCCGGGCACCCCCAUCUUCCCCCAGCUGACCCUGUGAGCCCAGGCAGGCCUGCUGGCCUCAUGGGGGCCAGGUGAGGACACAGAUGUGGCCCUGAGCCCAAGGCCACUGCCCCCAGACUGUGGGAGGUGGGCAACUAGAUCUGGCACUCACGGUGUGGCUCGUGCCCGUUCCAGUGGCCGAAUGCCCUACUCACCCCAUCAUCCCUAGCGAAAUGUAUUAAAGUCCGAGUGUUGCCA